AUGGCAAUACUUUCUCGUGUUUUGCACCAUAAUACUGAAAAACUAAACGAAGAACCAUCAUUAAAACAUACACUCAGUCUGAAUGGAUCGUUGUCUUCCAAGAGCAGCGGAACGCAUCAUACGUUGACGUUAUCAAUUGCAUUAGAAUCCCCACCGGUAAUAUUGUACGGCCAACCGCAAGACUCUAGUGGUUCGAUUAUUUCUGGCUUGCUUAAUAUAGAUAUAAAAGAUACUAGGAGCCAGAAAAAUCUAGAUUUGGCACUGGUGUCGUCGCAUUCGUCAACAACGUCAGCGUAUUCUCAUAGCGAUGAGGUAGAAAUAGAAAGCAUUACGCUAUCGUUAAUCCAGACCGUGAAAUAUACUAAACCAUUUUUAAUUCCUUCGACUUCGGUGGUAAGUUGCAAAGAUUGCUGUACAAAGAAGAAUGUGAUUGCAAAAUGGGACGUACUUAUUUCUAGAUCUUCAUUUUCUGCUGGAACCCAUGCCUACCCAUUUUCGCAUUUAUUACCAGGAUCUUUACCAGCAUCUUCAAAAUUGGGAUCCACUUAUGCCAAUUCGUUUAUUAAAUAUGGCUUAAUUGCUACUGCAAAGAGACCUAACAUUUCGAAAGAAGUUAAAGUUGUUUUACCUUUAAAUAUAGCGAGGCUGAUUCUUAGAGGUCCAGAGCGCAAUUCUUUGAGAGUAUUUCCGCCUACAGAGGCAACUGCAAGUGUGAUUCUACCUAAUGUGAUUUAUCCUAAAUCAAAUUUUUCAUUACAGUUAAGGUUGGAUAAUAUUGUAAACAUAAACAAUGAUAGACGUUGGAGAAUGCGUAAAUUGGCCUGGAGAAUUGAAGAACACACCAAGGUAAAGGCGACAACAUGCAAAAAACACGAGGGUAAAUUGAAACAAAUUGAAGAAUCACAACGUAAAACAGAGACAACCAAAGAACUUAGGUCGAAAACUACUCCAGGUGGCACACAUAACACAAACCCCGGACAAGGGCCUAAUAAAGCGGCUAACCUUCACCAUAGUACCAUUCAAACAAACAUGUUUCUCUCCACUUGCCCAAGUGCUCAAACCAAUAGUUCAUUUCAUGCUUCGAAUAACCAUAUAGAAGGAAUCAACGGAGCCCCAUUGGUCACAGAAAGUGAUGCACUAGAGGACCAAGAGAACAAUGUUACGAAUUCAUCUCAUACAAAUGAAAAUCUAAUCGAGGAAUUUUUAUCACCAGCCCCUCGAAGAUCGAACAAUGAUAGCAAUGAAGCGUCAUUUUUACCAUCGGAUAUCACGCCUGGAUACAACCAGAAUGUUAUUCAGGAUGAUUAUCGCAAUAGCCGUCCAGAAUCUCUGGAAGACACAGAGAGCUUGUAUUUAGACGAAAUUCGAACGGCUACUUAUGGUGAAAUUAAAUCCGGAUGGAAGUCAGAUUUCAGUGGCCGUGGAAAUAUCGAAUUAGUAACAGACAUUGAUGCUUUUGAUUUUUCAACAGGGUUGAAUAGACAUAUAAUGAAAAGAUCCAGUGAUGAUCCCAAAAUUGACGAGGUACAAGAGGGUUUAAGGAAUGGUGCAAAUAUAUCUUGUGAUAUAGAUGAUCCGACAUUGGGAAUAUAUGUAAAUCAUACCUUAAUUGUUGAGGUAAUAGUGGCAGAAGAAGUAGUUCCACAUUCAUCAGAAAAGAAAUCGAAUAACCUGAAAAAUGUUUCGUCGUCUUUAAGUCCAGUAUCGUCCAAUUCCCCUGCUAGUAAACAGAAAGCAAAUUCCACGCUGAAUAAACAAAAGUCUAAUACAUUGGGACAAAUUCAACCAGGAGUAACUACAGGUGCUGCAAGAGUUUUAAGAAUGCAAUUUAAAGUAACUUUAACAGAACGGUCAGGCUUGGGUAUUGCAUGGGAUGACGAGGUACCUCCUACUUAUGAAGAUAUCAGGGCAUUUAGUCCACCUACAUACACCGAGACAUCUGCAUCUGCAACCCCAGCAUCCACUCCAGGAUCUACUAUUGCAACUCCUCAAUUGUCAGCUAAUAGACCCGUCUCUGUCGAAGGAUUGGGUGGUACACCUAACCAAUCAUAUUUCAAUUUAGGUACUAGAUCAACUUCAAAUAGCUUGACUAUAGAUGGAGUUGUCGAUCUUGAUGAAAGAAUACAAGAUUUUACGCUUUGA